AGUAUGAUCAAAUGGCCGCUGAGUUUGCACUCGAAUAUAUUUCGACUGAACUUUCAAAAUUCAUGAAAUGCUGAGCACGAAAACAACAAAAACAGCGCACAGUUAAAGUUUUUAGAAAAGUCAUGAAUAUGCCGAUACUUGGUGAAAUGUUUCCUGCAAAACUGGGUCCCAAUUUGGUGACAGCCUCUAGAGUGCUUAGAAGUCCGUUAAGUCAGGCGUUAGUGUCCUUUUUGGUGGGCUACUUUGUCACCACAAAGUUGUCGCAAUUUUAUGGCAAGUUCAAGAGGGACUCUGAGAAAUGCGAGGAAUCGCUGGAGGACUUGGACAUACCGCCCAGGGAGGAGAGUGAGCCAGCGAACAAAGGACACGACAUUGUCCUACUCACCACGGAGGAGCUAACUGCCUUCGAUGGCUCGAGCCCCAGUCUACCCAUUUACACCGCCCUGAAUGGCCUCAUAUACGAUCUGAGUCCGGGCCGCGAAAGUUUCAGUAGUCAUGGGCCCUACUCCCUCUUGGCCGGCUGUAAUGCCAACAAGGUCCUGAACAUUGCCUGCAAUUCCAUGGACGUCUGCGCCGCGAAUGUAAUAAGUCGCUGGGAGCAGAGCCUGAAAGCCGAAUUUAAAAUCGUGGGUUACCUAGUCGAUGCGGAUAUGUAUUUUGAUGGUGACAGUCUGGAGAAUCAUGAAGUUUCGGCCACGGAGGAUCAAACGGAGCAAACUGAUGUCGUUUAGGAUGCUGUGAAUAUCCCAUUUUGUUAGCUUGGCAAUAAAAUAUUAUUGAUUGAAACUAGUAAUUUACUUCCAAGCUAACUGAAGGGGAAAUUCUACAACAAGUGGGUUUAAAAAAAUUACUUGUAACUUAAGCUAUAAACUGUAGAAUAAACAAAAUUAAUGAAAA